UUAACCGUAGAAAUAAAGCUGCGUUUUUAAAUUUCUUCGGUGUAGUGUGGACGGGCCCUGAGCUUCUCAUAAAGAUAAUAGAGUUCCGUCGAUUCUCUCCGGUUUAAAUACCAGGCGAGGUUACUGAGCAAUACAACUUACCACUUGAGAGAGAAAGUUGGUAUAUCCUUGCUUAGAGGAACACAUUGUGCAUUUUUAGGGCUUCUCGGUCCCUUAACGCUGCUGUGUUGCGUUGAUGCAUACGGCAUAAUCGAGUGGAAUUUUUGCACGGAAGUUUUAAAUUUAUGAAAAUGUUGGAACCGCUUUAGUGCGCGUUUUUGAUAAGGUUGCGAGUGUUUGUUUAGUUAAGACAAAUUUGGGGCGAAAUUUUAAAAGAGAUUAUAUUCUGGCGAAAAUUUUUAACAUUAAACUUCCUCGCAGAGUUUGCUAUGCUGUUAAUUAUGUAUUCUUACGCUACCUGCAAGUUUGCGAACUUCCGAAACCAGUAAAAUUUGACUUCAAGACCAACUUAAAUCUAUUAAUGGAAAGUUGUUUGCAACUAAGCGUCGUAACAGGAAGCAUUUUAAUGUUUUGCAGCUGAUUUAAUGUGUGUUCUGUAAAUAGCUGCUGUUGCGUGUCUUGUUUCAUGACGCCAGAAGUCUACAGGAAAACUACAUGAUAAUAAAAAUUUGUGCUUUUUAGGCUAAUGGCGAUGAAACCCUUUUUAAAACUUAUUGAAAGAAAUUGUAUCGUCGCGGUUUCACUCCCGGCCGAUAUCAAAGUUCUUACACCAAAUGUAGUGACGCUUCUCUAAAAUCUCUGGUCUUUUUUUUUUUCUUUCUUUCUUUUUUUAAAAAUACCUUCUAUGCAUUUUAACAUGUAAUGAUUUGUUCAGUAAUUACGGAUCAUUUACACGACAGUACUUGCGAUAAAAGUGGUACGAUUGUCAAAAAAAAAAAUGAUCCAGUACGGAUACAUUUCGUUGGGUAACUGAGCCAUAUUCACCGGUGCUUUGACUCCUUUUCCAUUCUGUCGUGUAAAUGGACCUUAAGUGCCUUCUUAUUGAAGCCUUACUUUAGUGCCUUCUUAUCGUACCACGCUAACGACCGGCAAAAUCCUCUUCUAACAAAUCAAUAAUGACCUAAUUUACAAUUAUCUUGUGGUGAACUUGCUAUAUUUGCCUUCUCGUUGUGAGGAUAAUUUUAGAAAUUAUCUAAAGACUCGUGAAUUAAACGAAGAUGAUUUAUCGCGACAGCAUGAUCAGAGCGCAUUAGAGCUCCUAUUAAAGCAUCUACAUAACAAUAGAGUUAGUUUAGUAGCUUUAGUUUAUUUUAAACAGCUUUUUCCUGGGCAGGCUUCCUCUUUAUGUCUAGUAACCCUGCUAUAUUAAUUUCUUUUUGCUGCUGCAAAAUUUGUCUACCUUGCUAGAAUUGUAAAGUACAGCAUUAGCCAUAGGUACAAGUGUCGCUCAAGUAGGGGGCUGUUGUGUUAAGAGCCAUGUACAUAGACCUUAAUUUGAAUAUCGUUUUUUUUAUUCGUUUUCCUUCGAGUUAUCUUUUCCUCUCUAACCACAAUUUUUCAGCGUAGAAUCUUUUGAUACAAUCCGAAAAUAUAUAAAACCCGGGAAAUGGCCUAUAUAACCCUAAGGUUUGAGCAGAGCCAAAAUUUGCUGCAAAAUUUGAAACUCACGAUAGACUUAUAUGAAAGCCGUUUUCGCGUGCUUUAUUUAUCAUCGCGAGAAAUAUAGUGUAUGACUUCAUCACGAGUUUCGCACACAAAGCCUUAAAGAAGGUUCAAUGCAUAUUUUAUUAGGAGAAAAAGAGCUUUAAACCUUGGAGGUUUUCGUAUUGAUCCUUAAGAGUGCCGCCGAAUAUUUCUAUUCAAUUAAACAGCCAACGUCACUGUAAAAACGUCAUUUCCAUUUUUCCACCACGUAUUUUAAAAUACAUUCUGAACUUGAUAGCUUUGUAGUAAAACCGCCUGGCAGCCAAACUCAAGACUCACAGAGGCUAUUUGUUCAGCCUACCCUUUUUAAAUAACAAUUAUUUCAUUUCAAAAACGCAGAACAAAAUUCGUCGCAUGCUAUUUGCCUACUUUUUUCCGAAAUUAUUUAUGCCAAGUAGGGCUAGAAAAUAAUCAUUUCGCUUUUUUACUGGGUUGAAUAGAGCUAGAUUUUGUAAGAAACUAACCCAAAAAAAACUGAAUGAAAUUCAGCCAUGUUAGCUUUCCGCCACUUAAUCUUUCUUAAUGUUACUUAACAUUCAAGGAAAGGUGUAGGCCGGCGGAUAUCUUCAGCAAAUAAAAUCAUUAAAUUCUGUCGAAUUUGACCACCUUGGAUCACACCUUUUCUGACAAAAUUAUUUUCCCGUGAGCCGAAAUCUAUGGUACGCGCCUUGUGCCUAGCAUUGUUGAAUUUCUUUCAAUUAAGUACGAGGUUACAAAAUUUAUUUUUUUCUGGCAAAGGUUUGCACCUUUUAUGUCACUUUUAGUUGAACACUAAUGCAAACUGUGAGAUUGAAGUUUUGGUGUGGUCGCCAAGAAAACGAAAACAACUGUCACUUUGAAAUCUAAAUAACAACUGGAAUGAUUAAUAUAUUGGCCAUUUUCGAACGGGUGAACGAGAUAAAAAAGAAAGUUAUUAAUGCCUUUUGACAGCGGAGAGGCUGAAACUAAUUUGUCCUUAUACAAAGCGAGAAAGGAAAUUUAAUCUCAGCAAUGAUUAUCUGUUGCCCAUGUCUGAAUAGUGUAAAUUUACGAGAAAGAUGCCGUGUCGAUUCUUCCUGACAAAUCGAUGUUGGCUUUGAAAGGAAUUGACAUCCGCCCAAUAUCUCCUUAUUGUACUUUUAGCCAAUGAGAUAAAGGCAAUGCAGGUAACACGGACAGACCACUUUCUAUAUCACUAGGUGGUCAAACAAAUCUUGGUCAAACUUCAUACACUGUACACGGUUGUCUUGGUAUCCAAAGCGUUCUCGAGAAGAAUUAAAUUGUAAUCUUGAACCACACAAUAUUAGUGCUUAGGUUUUGAAUUAGUGUUGAGCAGGAAAGGGCGAAGCAAUUCUCUUUAGAACUCGACCGUGGCAGAUGGCUGCACAAAUCGCUCAGUUGGAGAAGUUACUUCGACCUUGCCAACACAUCUAUGCCCAGUUUAACUUUACAGCAUUGCAAGGGCUAGAUGUGAAUGAGACUAGAUCCGUAUUACCUUUGCUAUUUGGAAAUUACUCGCUUUGUGUGAAAUACUUGGAAGGAAAGGCAACCUAUCCGUCACCCGAGUGGACAACAGAGGCAACAGUUGUACCGUCUUACAAGCGCCCAAUCCUUUUAACAUACUUUGUGCUCAUCGCAGUGUUAGGAUUGGCCAUUAAUCUGUGCGUGAUCGGUACAAUAUGUCGCGUCCGAAGACUAUGGACCAUCACGAACGCCUUCGUCUUGAGUCUGGCAAUGGCCGACUUCUUCAUGGCAAGCGUCUUGGUCCCGAUUUACAUCUGGUCCCUGUACCACCCUGGCCAGGACACGGUCAAAGACACGUUAUUCCCUUUACUAGGCGUCGCGUCGCUCCUAAACCUUGCCGCGGUGACGCUGGAGCGUUUUCUAUCGAUUUCGUUCCCACUGACCUAUGACGCGUACCUGACCCGUUUUCGCGCCACAAUCAUCAUAACCUCUUUAUGGCUCGUAUCAGUGUUCCAAGCACUACUGCAGUUUGCAUUUAAGAACAAAUCUCGUCGAAUUCAAACCCUGUACGAGGAUCUGCGAUUCGCCUUCGCAUUUGGUCUGCCGUGUUUGUGUAUCCUGAUUGUGAACAUUAACAUUUACUACGUGGCGAGAAAACACGCGAGGCAGAUCAACGCUUCGAAUCCGCAGGGUCAAAGUGGAAGCUCGAGCCGUGCUUUCCUAAAGAAGCUGAAGACGGUGAAAAUCAUCGCUCUUCUUGUGGGUACAUUUGUGGUAACUUGGCUUCCGUAUUUUAGCCUGUCCAUCUAUGAGCACCAUACUGCCUACGGGGAAACAACAGCAAGCUUCGACGUGGCCUUGAAAGUAGCUGAAGCGUUAGCGUGUGGAACCGCCCUGUUCAACCCACUGCUGUACGGAUUGCUUCGAAAGGACGUGCGAGAGGCCAUGGUGAAAGGACUGAAGUGCCAGAAUGUGAAUCAAACUGAACUAGAAAGUAUUUCAUACAGCUUUCGAACAGAUCCGAACAAAAUAGGGCCGAGUAAAUGAAAACGCAUCUGUUAAGACACUUGCCUCCUCGGCCCGACUGAAACUUCUAAGGGAUUGUGUUGUUGGAAUAAGAAAACAAAAAACAAAGCGCUUCAAAAUUCCCAUGAUUUAUCGAUCAGGAUCCAUUUAUUGAAUCUUUUGGAAUUCUGUAACCGAGCAUUAAAUCUUAAACUUAUCGUUUAUAGUGUGAGUCGAAAUGUUUCCUUUUAGACGAAACUUUUCUGGAAUUAAUAGAUUUAGACAAAUGUAGACUGAACUAAUAUGAACUAUGGUGCAAAAUAAUGAGUUUUGCGAAGUUAGUUUUUAAAUGGAGUUAAUCAGAUUGUAAAUUAACCAACGAAAAACCAAAGGUAGAAGUUUUCAUCCUAAGGGUAAAUGCAGCGUUAGCAGGUCAUGUCUCUAGUAAACGGCUCUUUUGUCAAGUAAGUUGAACUGCAUGUAACAAAAACUCUCGUUAAGGUAGAAAAGUCAUAUUUAUUGCUCAAAGAAAAUUUCGGCCUCGUGUGAAUGGGUAAUAUAAUGAGGAGAGGGGUUAUUCUUUUAUGUACAGUUUGAACAAAAAGACUUGCCUAUUAACACGUACGAUUGCAGUCUUUUUGUAUGUUUAUGUAUUAGAGGAAAUUAAAGAACAUGUGCGUUCUAAUGUGUUCAAAACUAAUGUAAUAUAUUCUUUGUGUGCCGAUGUUUGCGAACACGAUUUCAAUAUCCAGUACGUUUUAUUUGAAGCAUACAUCCCUCCUUUAGGCAUUAUUGUAAAUGACAAAAUCAGAAGAUGAAGGCAAAAUGACUUUAUUCAUUAGGGAUGGAUUGAAAACUAUGUAAAUAAGUGGUUGUGUAAUACAAUAACGUUUCUCGUUCAUCUGUUAAGCGAGUUCUUUACACAAGUGUCACUGGCCUUUAUUUAAAGCCAGUGUAUUGUCUCAAAAUUGUCAUUUAAGAAAUACAAUCUAUAACUUUUAAUUUCGACUUGUAUUCACUGUUUACAACAAGACGCAAUUUGAUGAGGAGUAAUUACUUUCAGUGCAGACGCAAAAUUAUUCAAAAGAUUGUUUAGCUAGUCAGACUAAUCAAUAUUUGCCUUGAGGAUCCGAAAUCAUUAUGGAACCUAUAAAAAGUCAGUUUAAGCCGACAAAGUUAACAAACAUUAAGGAAAAAAUGUUUUUAACUGUGCAGUGAAAAUGAUUAUAACGAAAUUGAAUUGUA